AUGACAGAACCCGAGACCCUGGCCCUGCUGGAAGUGAAGGGGCCUGAGGCCCUGGAGAAGAGCCCACCCCAGGCCUUGGUCCCCAAUGGCCGGAAGCUGGAAGGAGAAGAUGGAGUUGAGUCCCUUGGAGCUGAGUCCUCUAGAGUGGGGUCUUCAGCUGAGUCUCCCACAGCCAGAGAGGGGACCGAGGAUGGUCUAGACAGCACAGUAAGUGAGGCUGCCACUUUGCCUUGGGGAACUGGCCCCCAGCCCAGUGCCCCGUUCCCAGAUCCCCCCGGCUGGAGGAACAUUGAGCCUGAGCCCCCUGAGUCAGAGCCACCCACCAAACUAGAGGAGCUGCCCGAAGAUGAAGCCAGCCUGCUGCCCGAGAAGGCAGCCCGGGCCUUCGUGCCCAUCGACCUACAGUGCAUUGAGCGGCGGCCCCAGGAAGACCUCGUUGUGUGCUGUGAGGCCAGCGAGAGCGAGCACCGCCGGACCUUCCUGCCUUCCCGGGCCACCCACCCUGAGCCCCCGGAGUGCAAGUGGGCCGAAGCAGUGGUGAAGCCGCCUGGCCACUCCUGCGGGGGCUGUGGGGGCUGUGGGGGCUGUGGGGGCCGAGAGGUGCUGAGAGCUGUGGCCUCGGUGGGAGCCGCCCUCAUCCUCUUCCCCUGCCUGCUCUACGGGGCAUACGCGUUCCUGCCCUUCGAUGCCCCACGCCUGCCCACCAUGAGCUCCCGCCUCAUCUACACCUUGCGCUGUGGGGUCUUCGCCACCUUCCCCAUUGUACUGGGGAUCCUGGUGUACGGGCUGAGCCUGUUGUGCUUUUCUGCCCUUCGACCCUUUGGGGAGCCACGGCGGGAGGUGGAGAUCCACCGGCGGUAUGUGGCCCAGUCGGUCCAGCUCUUCAUCCUCUACUUCUUCAACCUGGCCGUGCUUUCCACCUACCUGCCUCAAGAUACCCUCAAACUGCUCCCUCUACUCACUGGUCUCUUUGCCAUCUCCCGGCUCAUAUACUGGCUGACCUUCGCUGUGGGCCGCUCCUUCCGAGGCUUUGGCUACGGCCUGACGUUCCUGCCCCUGCUGUCCAUGCUGAUGUGGAACUUCUACUACAUGUUCGUGGUGGAACCUGAACGCAUGCUCACUGCCUCUGAGAGCCGCCUGGACUACCCUGACCAUGCCCGCUCAGCCUCAGACUACAGGCCCCGCGCCCGGGGCUGA